AUGGGCAAUUUUUUCUGCGAUCAACAAUAAGAACUCACAUUCACUUAUCUUGAUGGAGUACAUUAUAACAGCCAUAUAAGCAAAUACAAGUACAAAUAAUCUCAAAAGGGCAAUGAUCCAAAAUCAGUUUAUCCACUAUAGGGGAGUGAUCAAGUAAUAAAGCCAUCAAAGCUUGCAUUAUUUGCUAGUUACUAAAAUAAAUAAAGAAUUAUGAGUAUUUCAAAAGGGACUAACUCAAUAAAGAAAAUUAAAUCAUUUGGAUAGAUCUGUUAUGAGCAUCAUGAAAAAACUCACGGAUAACAAAUUAAGAAGCAUUAAUCGCAUCCUAAUUUAAAAUAGUUGAUUAAAGCAAAGAGUUAAGAGACUUUAAGAUUAGGUCAAAGAUAGCAAGUCAUUCUUCUUCAUAAAAUCUAAACUACUCAAAUUCCAAAACUUAAUUUUAAACUUAAGAGAAGUUUGAUUGAAUUAAAGAAAAUAAUGCACAUUAGGAUCCUUAAGGAUAUAAAAUUGAUGAUUUAACCUUCUAAAUUUCGUCUAGUCCUUAAAAACAUUAGUAAAUUAAAUAUCGCUAACUUUAAUAGCACUGAAAUUUCUUUUAAAGAUAAAGUCAUGAAGAUAAUUAAAGCAAUGAAUGCUACGUUCUCAGAUAUAGAUCUUGAUUUGUCUGAAAGCUAUGAAAGCUAGCAUAUUGUCUGUACUAAACAUAAUUUUGCUUCUGAUGUUAAAAAUCCUUAAGACAAUGAGGAUAAGAAAUUUGAAAAAUUUAUGCAGUAAUAGAGAAGAGAGGAUGAUCUCUAUGAAGAUUCAUUUUAGAUGAUGAAAGAUAGAUCUCUAUCAGAAUGUAUAGGCUGUUUGGAAAAUAAUAAUGCUUAUGCUCUCAUUCAAAACAAAUAAACUCAGGAGAAAGAAAGUUUAGAUCAAAAUUUGCUUGAUGAAACUGCUAAUUUUAUCGAUUAAAAGCAGUUAGUGAGAAGUAAAAGCAUAGAUGAUAUUGAAUUAGAUGAAUUUGAUUAUGAAAACUAUGAAUUGUAGGAUCAUAUAUUAACAGAGGAAGAAGACGAGCUUUAGAUGGAUUUUGAAAAUCAAAACUAUAAUAUACUUGAAAUAGGAGGGGAAUAGACCUUAAUGAUAGAUAUUAUUGUACAAGAAAAUCAAGAAUCUCUAUUAUAGAGGAAUAAGAAUUGCUCCAUAAAUAAUUUAAUAUCUCUUUUAUCGGGAGGAGGUGAAGAUUAUCAAGAUGAUAGGAAUUGA